AUUAGCCUUUAGCUAGGCUAGCCGGAACAAGUGAGUGAAGUGGUCCAGUCAUUAUUUUAAACAUGUCUCACACAGCGCCGGCCGAGAAGCCUUCGAACCCGGAGAACCCCCGAGUCUUCUUCGAUGUAGAUGUUGACGGAGCAAGAGCCGGCCGAAUAGUUUUUGAGCUGUUUGCCGAUAUCACCCCGAAGACUGCGGAGAACUUUCGGGCUCUGUGCACUGGAGAAAAAGGAAUCGGCAAAUCGACCGGGAAGCCGAUGCACUUCAAAGGAUGCCCGUUCCACCGAAUCAUCAAGAAGUUCAUGAUCCAAGGAGGUGACUUCUCCAACCAGAAUGGCACCGGUGGAGAGAGCAUCUACGGGGAGAAGUUUGACGAUGAAAACUUCCACUACAAGCAUGACAAACUGGGCCUGCUCAGCAUGGCCAACACCGGGCCGGACACCAACGGCUCGCAGUUCUUCAUCACCACUGUCCCCACCCCUCACUUAGAUGGAAAGCACGUUGUCUUCGGACAAGUGUUGAAAGGAAUGGGUAUCGUAAAAAUGCUGGAGUUACUGGACACAAAGGAUGAUGCCCCUGAAAAGCCAUGUGUCAUAGCAGACUGCGGUGAGCAUAAGGAAGGGGACAGCUUGGGCGUUGCACCAGCAGACGGAUCAGGGGACGCCCACCCAGACUUCCCCGAGGACUCUGAAAUCGACUUUAAAGAUGUGGAUAAAGUCCUGACAGUUGCUGAGGAUUUGAAGAAUAUUGGAAACAACCUCUUUAAGAGUCAAAACUGGAAAGGUGCUGUCGAGAAAUACAGCAAAUCCCUCAGGUACUUGGAGGUGGGUGGAGAUGUGCUGGAGGAGGAGGUGCAGCUGAAACUGAAACCCGUGGCCCUCAGCUGCUUCCUCAACAUGGCAGCAUGCAAGCUGAAGAUGCAGCUGUGGCAGGAGGCCCUGGAGAGCUGCAAUGAGGCUCAGGAGCUGGACCAAGCGAACACUAAGGCACUUUUCCGGAGGGCCCAGGCGUGGCAGGGGUUAAAGGAAAACAGCAAAGCCGUGAUUGACCUGAAGCAAGCUCAGAAAAUAGCUCCGGAAGACAAAGCGAUCAACAACGAGCUGAGGCGAGUGCAGCUGAAGAUCCAGGAGGAGAAGGAGAAAGAGAAGAAGAUCUACGCUAAGAUGUUUGCAUGAACAUUUCACCCAAUGAUGCAAUUAGUUUUUAAUCAACAUUUGAAAAUCAUCUAUACAGAUGGUGCACUGGCAAAGAUUUAAGUGUGUAACCAGGUGAAAAUGUGCUGUGUGUUUAAGUUGACAGGCUUUCUCUUAUUCUCCAGUCGCCACUUUUCUCUCUGUGCGUGUGUGUGUGUGUAUUCCAAUGAAGGAAUGACGGUUGUAAGUUUUGACCUGUUAUCAUUAUGACAAGUUUUAUCACUGUAAUGAAAAGUUUGACUCCACUGCUCUGAGAAACUGGAUUAAAACUUUCUGGGGUCUGAAAGACGAUAAUAAAGAUAAUGUUGAAUCCGUGCUCGCUGACACGGCCAGUAGAUCAUGAGUGGUUUUUUUUUUAAAGAUGUCAAUAAAUCAAACGGGAGAGCAGCCAUGUGUUCUUUAUUCAUUCCUGUCAUAUUUUUGAUAUUUGUACAAUACUGUGUGGACCUUUACUAUGUGAUCCUAAAAUAAAACACGGUUGCACCGAUCUGACAUGGUUUUUAGUUUUAUUGAUUCAAUACAAAAACUGGGAUCUUUCAUGUGUGUAAGGCAGCGUCAGGCUUAAAUAACAUGUCAAUAUGUUCAUAUAUAUAUUGGUCGUAGUGUCACAGAUUCCCGGUCCAGCUGUUUUGAAUCAAUAUCACUAAGAUCGGUGCAUCACUGCAAUAAGCCUGAUUUUAAAAACACCCUAUACAGAUCUUGAAGGAAAUAUAUUAUCUAUGACAGCUGAUCAA